AAAGUAACAGUUUUUGGGAAAGAAUUUCCCAAUCCCAUAGGCAUAGCUGCUGGUUUCGACAAAGACGGCAAAGCUAUAAUGGGCUUAAAAGACAUUGGGUUUGGCUUUGUUGAAAUAGGAUCAGUUACUCCGCAUCCACAACCUGGGAAUGAAAAGCCCAGAGUGUUCCGUUUACCACUAGAUAUGGCUAUUAUUAAUAGAUAUGGUUUUAAUAGUGAUGGGCAUGAUGAAGUACGCACUCGAAUUACCAAUGCAAAAGCUGAUCCAGAAGUCCCCCUUAUUGGAGUUAAUUUAGGAAAAAACAAAACAUCUGAUGAUCCAGUUAAAGACUAUGUGGACGGAAUCAACACCUUUGGUAGCGUAUGCGAUUAUUUGGUUGUUAAUAUUAGUAGCCCCAACACCCCAAAUUUGAGAAAAUUGCAAAACAAAGACAAUUUAAAGCAUUUGUUAAGGGCGGUCGUUGAAGCCAGAAAUACUUUAAAUGUAAAUCCUAAACCUCCAUUGUUACUGAAAUUAGCCCCCGAUUUGAGCUCUGAGGAAAAGAAAGACAUUUCAGAUAUUAUAAAAUUAAAUGAAUGUAAGGUGGAUGGGCUUAUUGUGUGCAAUACAACAAUAGAGCGACCAUCAUUGAAAAGUAAACAUAGUAAUGAGGUAGGCGGAUUAAGCGGCGCCCCAUUAAAAGAAUCCUCGACACAAAUGAUAAUGGAAAUGAGAAAACUUACAAAAGGAAUGACUAUAAUCGGUGUAGGUGGGAUAGCCACCGGGCAAGAUGCUUAUGAAAAAAUUAAAGCUGGUGCGAGCCUCGUGCAAAUUUAUUCAUCUUUGGUCUAUGAAGGUCCCCCAUUGGUUAGCAAAAUUAAAUCCGAGCUAGAAGAAUUGCUUCAAAAAGACGGAUAUAAGAGCAUAAGUGAGGCAAUAGGAGCAAAUAUAAAAUGAGUAAAAAAUUGCAAAA